AUGCCCCCUAAGCGCAAAGCAAACGUCAUCCCACCCGAUGCCGUCUCUGCGAACAGCUACACUGACCCUUCUGGUAACGCGCCCAACAAGCGCUCGCGCCUAGCCAAACCUCUUGAGAAAGUUUUUGCAAAUGCCACGCCACCCGCACAUGCAACCGCAAAGAACACUGAAAACGGCGCUCCGGGAGAUGCUGUCAAGAAAGAGGAAGGCGAGUUUGACCACUCGAGGCAGGAGGAACGAGCAGGCAUUGUCGACCGGCGAUACUAUCCUGCAGAGAUGAGCAAUGAGCGAUGCGCCAUGUACAAUGCCAACGAGAUACCGCGACCCAUUGAGAUCCUGCAAAAGACGCUAAAAGACACAAUGCAGAGGAGGGAGGAGAUUGCAAGUGGAAAAGAGGGUGGGCAUGGCGAUGCCGUCAUGCAUUGGUUCAAGCGCGACUUACGCAUCCGGGAUAACACAGGCUUGUCCAAGGCCGCGCAACUUGCAAAAGAGAAAGGCGUUGGUGUGAUUGGCGUGUGGCUUAUGAGCCCGCAGGAUUGGGAAGCGCAUCUUGUCAGUCCACCCAAGUGCGAUUUUGAGCUUCGUUCAGUACAGCUGCUCAAACAAGAGCUGGAGGAGCUCGGUAUACCGCUCUACAUUGAGACGAUCUCCGCGAGAAAAAAUGUAAAAAAUCGCCUCGUAGAAUUGGCACGUGAGUGGAACGUGAGGAGCGUCUUCUGCAAUCUCGAAUACGAGCCCGACGAGCUGCGUCGGGAGGAGCGGCUGGUGCGGAUGAUGUUGGAACAAGGCAUUAGUCUGAAUCCGCAACAUGAUGACUGCGUCGUGCCACCUGGAAGCCUCAAAACGGGUGGAGGAAGACAGUACGCAGUCUAUACUCCUUGGUAUCGCUCAUGGGUUGCACACCUGCACGCGCAUCCUCACCUUCUCAACGAACGCCCAAUGCCAGAAAAGAACCCCUCGGACUUUCGGGAAAAGUUCGCCAAGCUCUUUGCUUCACAAGUCCCUGAUCUUCCCGAAUGCAAAUCCCUGACGCCCGAAGAAAGGGAACGGUUCAAGCAUCUGUGGCCUGCCGGCGAAUCAGCAGCCAUCGACCGAGUCGAACGCUUCCUCACCGAGAAGGUUGUGGGGUACAGAGAUACACGCAACUUUCCCGCCCUGAACAGUACUGGGCGCGUGAGUGCACAUCUCGCGGCUGGCACACUGGCCGCUCGCACUAGUGUACGUAUGGCGAGGGAUGUAAACAGCGUGAAGAAGCUCGAUGGGGGAAAAGACGGCAUCAAAUGCUGGAUCGGAGAGGUAGCCUGGCGUGACUUCUACAGGCACGUUCUUGUAAACUGGCCUUAUGUGUGCAUGAAUAAACCAUUCAAGUACGAGUACAGAAACAUCGAAUGGGAAUACAACGAUGCCCAUUUCGAAGCCUGGACCCAAGGCCGCACUGGCUAUCCAAUCGUCGACGCUGCAAUGCGUUGCCUCAAUCAUACCGGCUACAUGCACAAUCGCCUGCGUAUGAUAACGGCAUCCUUCCUUGCCAAGCACCUCUUGCUAGACUGGCGCCUCGGCGAGCAGUACUUCAUCACUCAUCUCAUCGACGGCGACUUUGCCUCCAACAACGGCGGCUGGGGCUUCAGUGCAUCGACUGGUGUGGAUCCACAGCCUUAUUUCCGCAUCUUCAAUCCCUGGACCCAGUCCGAGAAGUUUGACGAGAACGGAGAGUUUAUCAGGCUGUGGGUAAAGGAACUCCAAGGCGUGCAAGGAGCAGCGAUACAUAACCCAUACCAGGCUGGGGGCGAGGCAGCAAAGGUGGCCAAGAAGAAUGGGUACCCGAUGCCGAUUGUUGAGCACAAGUUUGCGAGGGAGAGGUGUCUGGCUCGGUAUAAGGCGGGCAUUGGGAGGGAGACAGCGUAG